AUGAAUGGGGAAGAUUGGAGCGAGACAGAUUACGGUGGAGGAGCGCGAAGGGCACAAAGUGAGAAGGAGGAGCCGCACGCAUCGCAUCGGCAGGUUGAGUUUACCAUACCUGCCUUGCCCGACAACGCAGAAAACAGUAUCGGCGAUGUUUGGCAAAAUGUAAUUGAAAUGGUUGCUCCGUUCGGAAUUGCCUACCGUAAAAUAGGUGCUGCCCGCGGGUAA